AUGGACAGGCUGCCGGUAGAGAUCCUGACCAAAAUCAUCGACCUUCUCACGCCCCGUGAGAAGGUGCAGCUACAAUCGGUCUCCAAGAAGUUCUUCGACCUCGCUCGUGACAAUAACCUCUGGAAGCUGCACUGCUAUGAGCAGUCAUGGGCUGCGCGGCAACCCGCCCGUCCGGCUGGCCGGAGGUCGGAGAGCCUUCUCACGAACCCAACCGCAUCAUUGAGUACAUUGGGACAGAGUUCGCUGCGUGACCUCAUUCAGCCGCCAGCUCUACCGCCCACGGAUGGUGUUCGUGAUGAGGAACGAGGGCUAUCGUGGAGCGAGAGGGCAAGGGCGGCCGCCGAAUGGGAUUCUUCGACAGAGGGAGAACAUGUGGAUUGGUAUUCGGAAUAUAUCGCCCGUCAUGGCCCCAUGUCGCUAUCAUGGGUGCAGCAACCUUUAUGUCCUAAUGGCGAAAGUCGACGGCGGCAGCCAUAUGAAGUCAAAGGCAUGGGACUACUCAAGGACUGGAGCUCGGCGAGGCAAAAUAAGAUCGUUGCACCUCUCGACGAUGGCAGUGUUUGUAUCUGGGACUUGAAUCACUCCCAUCAUGCUGCAUCUCCUUCAACAAAAGGCCGAGUUCUCGGUAUGAGUGAGCCUGGUGUUCUCAUGACCAAUCUUUCCGGCCGCAGAGAUCCCUCGCCGUCCAAAGCUUCCUUGGAAUUUAUCAAUCUCGGGGAGGGCGUCAGUAUAGAUUCGUUCCGACGACGCGCAUACCUUGCCAUCGGCAAUGUUCUCAAUGAAGUCGACCUAGAGACAUUAAAGGUGGUCUCGCAGCAGCGCUAUCCCUGGUCGAUAUUCGCACUCUCCCAGGAGACCGAUUAUUCGGUUCCACUAACGCUAGCAACCACGCUCAGUCUACAGAUCCACGACGCACGUUUAUCUGCAAUAGAAGAAGAAGAAGCGAUCAGCAUACGGUGUGAGAAGAACUCCACACCGUUAAUUCCGGAAUUGAAUAUAUUUGCUUAUCCAGACUCACCGUUAUUACAACUUCAACCAAACGGACAACCACCUACCCGCAUUCGGAGCCCACAGCCGACGGCGAAUGAGAAUUAUGCCCCUCUCUUCCAGCCCGGGCCUCUAUCUAUCCUACAUCCUCCGGCCCCUCAUGUGAACACUAUCCUUCUUGCGGGUCGCUUUCCCAGCAUUCUCUGCUAUGACCGCCGCUUCUUUCCCCGCCUUCAAAGCACAGUCCAUUCUGGUGGCCGAUUAUGUAGCCUGGCUUCCGCCCCCGAGCCUCGAUUCCCCGUGUUCUCGGACUCGACCUAUCCAGAGUCUCAUGCGGUUCUCGCCUGUGGCGAGUACAAUGGACGCGGCUCACUCGAACUGUACAGCUUAAACUCCUCGUCCCAAAACUCCAAUGGCAAUGUAUCCAAUGUGCAUUCAGAGUUGAGACCAGAAUAUAAGAACCGGCAAAGCGCGGCCAGCUCCAAGCUACUCUCAGUGGCCUCUCACGGAAACCGUCUUGUCUAUUCCGAUUCCGAGGGAAAUAUCAAAUGGGUUGAGCGAAAUGGUCGGUCGGAAGUUCGUCGAUGGAAUAUCAACACCUCGCAACCACAAAUUUCAUUCUCACGGCAUGAACAACCAUCAGCCACAACACAAUUGGCCAACGAUUUCAAACCUCGCGGCCUUUGGCCGAGUUCCAACCCCCAAAACAACAGUAGCGAGGUGGCUCGCAAGAUUCUUCCAACUGGAGGUAAUCUAACAGGCGAUGAGCUGCUCGUUUGGACCGGUGAACGGAUUGGCCGCCUCAAGUUCUCCAUACCCGGAGACCUUGAUGGAGAAGGACUAGUGGAGGAUGACUUGUUUAUGCAUGCAGAGGUCGACGAAGAAACCCGCAACGUAAUGCGACAAAAGCAUCGCGAUGAGUGGGAUAUGGAGCAGAGAUAUGAAAAUAUGAUGCGGCGGGCCCUUGAGCGACAGGCCGACGAAGUCCGAUGGAUGGGGACCGAUGGGAUGAGCUAG